AUGUCAGAACGAUCUGAGUCUCAUCAGCCUUCUGGUUGGCGAAUCCCUAAGGCCUGUCAGGAGUGCAGAAAAAGAAAGAUCAAGUGCAAUGGGAUCAACCCCUGCAAGACUUGUCAACUGCGGAAUACACCAUGUGUCUACCGCGAUGUAGUGCGACAGCGUAAGAAGAAGCAUCACGACAGACAUGAUGCUUCCAUUGUCGAAGAUCAUGUCCUUCAGGAUGCUACGCACUCUGAUCACGGUGGACGGCAGUCAUCUCCGGUUCGUCCCCAGUCUGGCGGUCACCGCAACCAGUCCGCCAGCUAUACCUUUAACAACAGUGUUUCAGCCACACACAUGGCGUCUCCAUCGUGCCAAGUCCAGUUAUAUUAUGGGCCAACGUCUCACUUUACACUCAUGCACGAGAUGUAUCGGGGGCUUGUGUCGAACUGGGCCGCCCGUCCGAAGGAACCGCAAGGUGAAGUCGAAGAAGCCGGUGCUGGACUGGAUAUGUUUAGUUUCCGCAGCAUCUUCUUUGGAACGCCUGCCGAAACAUGUGCCACCAGUCCGAUCUCUGGUGCUUCAGCAGCGUCCCUGAUGUUCUUGCCGUACGAGCUGGCUAGACUAUUCUUGCAGCGUUUUUUGUCUUCCCUCUAUGCUUUAGUUCCCUUUCAACCCAAACAAAGCUAUGAGCAGCAGUUGGAUCAGCUAUAUAGCUCAUCCUUCAAUGCGGGGUCUGAUACUUGUGCUCAUUACAUUCUAUUAAUGAUCCUGGCCACGGGCGCGCUGGGUACGCGGCAUUAUCGCUGGGGCGAUCUGCUGUUCGAGCGUGUCAAGGCAGCUUCUUCCUCCUUGGACGAUGUCGUGAACCUCGAGACCGUACACACGCCCAUUACCAGACCGAGCAAGGUCGACCGAAUUCCUCUUUUCUUCACCUGGGAACGGCGGCAAGAAAAGCCAUCUCUGCUGGGUUGCAUAAAGAGUCGCCCACUGAAGGAAAAGGGGAUCCGGAAGGAGUUGAAAGAAGGCGUGUAG